AUGGCUAGCCCUUAUAGGAGCGUGCGCAGGAAGAGUCCCAAGAGAUUCCGACAGACUUUUCUGCUAUUUCCUGGUCAACGCGAACGGAAUAUUGCGUCCGAGAACUUGCCCAGCGUCCGGAGCCUUGACCAAGGCGUGAUCGAGCCCGUUCCACCACCUUCCUUGCCUGCGGAAAUCUGGUUCCGCAUUCUUGAGCCACUUGGCCCAUUGGCACUGAAAACAAUGCGGCUCGUGUGUCGCGACUGGGCAGAAAUAGGCGCUGAUUUCCUAUUCAGCACUGCAUAUCUGAAUAGCUAUGAGAAGUCGUGGGCCGGACUUCUGAAUAUCUGCGAUUCCAGCCACGCCCGUCGGGUAAGACGGAUUGUGUGGAAUCCAUUAGUCUUGUAUGAAGAAUGUCUCGACGGGCCUACUUGGAGCCUUCGGUAUCCAAACCUUAUCAAAGGACUGAAACAAUCAGAGAUUUUCCGUCUUCAUCAGGAAUACGCUAAAGUGUAUCAAGCAAGGAGAGGCCAGCUUCGAUCUUCAGAGAUCAGAUCUGUUUCAGAAGCCCUGCAAAAACUUUCCAGUUGCCACGAAUGCGUUAUUUCGGACGAUUAUGAUCUGGAAACGAUCUGUCUUGAUCCAUACCUGAGAAUGAGGAUCCAAGGAGAUCCAGACCUUCUCCGGAGAGCCGCUAAUUGGGGGCUGCGGCCCCGAUGGUGGUUGGAGAAUGGUGAAAUCAGAGACAUCUUACGCACUGGCGUAGAACUGUUCAAAUUGGUACAAAAUUGUGCCGCUAUUGAGCGACUCUCGGUGAACUAUUGGGACGAGAACUGGACGAACAUGGUUGCAGAGGAUACACGCCUCGGGGGAUUAGAAGGAUACAAAAUCGACCGCACUUCCAACCCAAACAUUCAAAGCAUUACACUCCAUUUAAAAUAUUGCAGGGGUAACUGGCUACCAUUCGAUCGGUGGGAUGUGCGAACCAACUUUCAAUUUACCUUCGGAGGUCUCUUCUCGUUCCCGGAGCUACGAGAAUUGUCCUUCGAACCCGCAUACACCGACCCCGGCUUGGGAUUCAUGGAAUUUGUGAAUGCGCUAAAACGAGCAGAGGAGACUGAUUCUGAAUCUCCGGAAGAUAAUGACGAGGCUAUAGACAGUCCUCGUGAGUCGCAACGAGGUUACAAAACACUAUCCGACUUGGAAGAAGCAUACUCUCGACCGGAUGGCUUUACGCUGGAUAUGAUGUGCUCACUCACUGCCCAGCUGGAUCUCGGACUCGUCAAGUUGUCCAAGCUGACCAAGCUCUCCUUGACGAAUGUGACACUGGAUGUGAGAUGCCUUCUUCUCUGGCUAUGUGAACAAGAGCAACUACCUCUUUCCGGGUUAUCAAUUCACUUGCAAGGCACCACGUUUCUGUUUGACCUCGACCAAGAGACCAUUUUCUACGCACUUGCUCAGCUCAAUGUCAACUUGGCUUAUAUUCCGGAAAAUACCUUCCAUUACCUCCCUUCACCAGAUGCCCGCUUCGCAGAGCCUUACUACGGAGCAAACACGCUUGAGUGUGUUACCCCGUUCUCCUCCGUCCGGAAUCUGUGCUGGUCAAUGUAUGAUAUCCAUGAGCUAGUACGGAGGGGUCUUCCAGCGCAAAUGCCGGCAUUCCCACUCUCGGGAGGAAAGGUCACUCCAGGACCCGUCGAGAUCAAAAGACGCCCCAGCAAGUUCUGGUCCAUCCAGAGAAGCUACCAGCACCGAGAACCAGACGUCCAACUUUUCCACUACUGCAUGCCUGGUCCCGAAGGCGGCAUUUGUGACUGGUUGGAUGAGCGGAUUUACCGCACAGAGUUGCCAAGGGCACUGAGUCUCCUCAUGUUCAACCCGUUCUGGGAUCGUGAUCCAAACCCUUCUGCCGGUUAUUUUGGCGAAGAGGUCGAACACGAGAUCCUGGUUCACACCACAGAACUCGACCAAGAGACCACAGAACCCAAGGAGCAAGAGCAACAGCUCGUUUUGCAAUACGAGGCGGAGUUGCUCGGGCUCGAUAUUCUGGAGCAGCUUGAUCUUUUGAACUGA